AUGUAUGCGGAAGUAUAUCGAGUAGGAAAAUGGAACGAAACGUUCCGAACGUUUCCGUGUUUCAACACAUUAUCACGGAAAUGCUGUUUUGAAUCUGUCCCCAAAGGUUCUGAAUCUGUCCCCGAAGGUUCUGAAUCUGUCCCCAAAGGUUCUGAAUCUGUCCCCAAAUGUUCUGAAUCUCUCACCAAAGGUUCUGAAUCUGUCCCCAAAGGUUCUGAAUCUCUCACCAAAGGUUCUGAAUCUGUCCCCAAAGGUUCUGAAUCUGUCCCCAAAGGUUCUGAAUCUGUCCCCGAAGGUUCUGAAUCUGUCCCCGAAGGUUCUGAAUCUGUCCCCAAAGGUUCUGAAUCUGUCCCCGAAGGUUCUGAAUCUGUCCCCAAAGGUUCUGAAUCUGUCCCCGAAGGUUCUGAAUCUCUCACCAAAGGUUCUGAAUCUCUCACCAAAGGUUCUGAAUCUGUCCCCGAAGGUUCUGAAUCUCUCACCAAAGGUUCUGAAUCUCCCACCAAAGGUUCUGAAUCUCUCACCAAAGGUUCUGAAUCUCUCACCAAAGGUUCUGAAUCUCUCCCCAAAGGUUCUGAAUCUCUCACCAAAGGUUCUGAAUCUCUCACCAAAGGUUCUGAAUCUCUCCCCAAAGGUUCUGAAUCGGUUUCCUCAACGUCACCAACAAUUUCAGUGUUUCCUGCAGAUUGCCUGACCACCCUGGGGGAAUCUUCUGCUUUACCACAUGACAAUCAGAGGCCAUCAGAAGCCCUCAGAGGCUAUCAGAAGGCAUCAGAGACCAUCAGAAGCCACCAGAGGCCAUCAGAAGCCACCAGAGGCCAUCAGAAGCCACCAGAGGCCAUCAGAAGGCAUCAGAGACCAUCAGAAGCCAUCAGAAGCCACCAGAGGCCAUCAGAAGCCACCAGAGGCCAUCAGAAGCCACCAGAGGCCAUCAGAAGCCACCAGAGGCCAUCAGAAGCCACCAGAGGCCAUCAGAAGCCACCAGAGGCCAUCAGAAGGCAUCAGAGACCAUCAGAAGCCACCAGAGGCCAUCAGAAGCCACCAGAGGCCAUCAGAAGCCACCAGAGGCCAUCAGAAGCCACCAGAGGCCAUCAGAAGCCGCCAGAGGCCAUCAAUAUUUCAAAGUUUUUCCGUAAAUAUCGGUAA